AUGAACAAGGCACGACGUCUUGAGACGCCGCGCAUUCCUGAUUCACAACUUUUUGACAUUCCAUAUUUAUAUACUAGAACAAUAAAAAACGAAGAAUUUCUUUGUGUUGACAAAAUGAUCAAACGAAAAACACGUGUUUUAUUAUUUGCUCCGAAUGAACAGUUGAAAAUGUUAUUUCAAAAUUCAAUUGUUUUAAUAGAUGGAACAUUUAGUACUUGUCCAAAGAUUUUUGAUCAAGUACUCACAAUUCAUUUCAUAAAAUAUGAACAAUCAUUCGUAUGCGGAAUUGGAUUAUUACCUGAUCGUAAAAAGUGCACAUACAAAUUUGUUUUCGAAGAAUUAAAAGGUUUAGCUAUUGGAAUGAAUCGAAUUUUUGAUCCAUCGACAAUAAUAACUGAUUUUGAACCUAGUCUAGCUGAAGCUAUUAGUAGUGAAGUAAUUUUAUCUGAUUUAUAUUUAAAAAGAGAUAAAAAAAAUUAUACUUUCAUUUAG